AUGUUUACUCUGUGUCGGACUUGUGCGGAAAAAGAGAGACAACCGCUGUGUACUUGCGAUGACGAAGACAGGUGUUUAACGGGGUCAUGGUGUACGCCAGAACCUAACCGGGCUGUUGAAAAAGGUUAUCAGAUCCUCAAAAUUUACGAGAUUUAUCACUUUGAUAACGUCUCGUCACCCAAUGAUCCGCAUAAUGACCUCUUUGGAGGAUAUAUCGAUCUAUUUCUGAAAUUGAAACAAGAAGCUAGCGGUUGGCCUGAGUGGGUUCAAACUGAGGAUGACGCGCUGCAAUAUAUUCGGAGUUAUGCAGAAAAAGAAAAUAUAGAAUUGCAUCAUGAUUCCAUUUAUAAAAACCCUGCUUUGCGAUCUAUCGCUAAACUAUUACUAAACUCAUUUUGGGGAAAAUUUGGUCAACGUUUAAAUAUGCCCCAGACUUCUUUUUUCCACGAGACUGAAGCCGAUAAAUUUUUCAGGUGUCUUUUUGAUCCCUCUAAAGAGGUCACUGACUUUCAUAUUAUCAAUGAAGACAUGAUAAAUAUGACCUGGAAAAGUAGUGGCGAAUUAUUGAAAGAGGAUUAUCAGACAAAUAUUUUUAUCGCGGCUUUUACCACCUGUUGGGCAAGACUGAAAUGGUACGACGUUUUAGACAUGCUCGACACGCGUGUAUUAUAUUUUGAUACAGAUUCUGUAAUAUUUGUAAGCAAAGUGGGUGAUGACGAGCCCAAUGUCGGGCCUUAUCUAGGUCAAUUGACUAAUGAAUUGUUUACUGAUGAUUACAUCACGGAAUUCGUGUCCGGUGGACCAAAAAAUUAUGCCUUUAAUACGUUUAAAGGUCAACAGGUUUGUCGCAUUCGUGGGUUUUCUUUGAAUUAUAAAAAUGCGCAAUCCUUGAACUUUACAUCCAUGUUAGAUAUUGUAACAGGUGAUCAGAGCAAAACAUUGACUGUCACUAACCCUCAAAAAAUUACUAGAGCUAAACGUUCUGUUAAAGUUUAUAAUAGUGUAGAAAACAAACAAUAUCAGCUUGUGUAUUCCAAACGAGCAAUGCAAAAAGACUCUUAUGAUACAUUACCCUUUGGCUAUUAA